AUGACUGAAACCGGUCAGAAAAGCAAGUACAUCGAAGAGCUAGAGUUUGUCAACAAGGCUCGGGCGCUCCGCUUAGAGGUCUACAGCCUUUACUGUGCGCUAAAAACCUUUACCCUGGGCUACUUUGAUCCUCUUACUCGAGCGGAUCAAUAUAUCGAAAAGAGAACAGCGGAGGUCGUCCAACGAGCCUCAGAAAGACAACUCGUCAAGGCAAAUAUCUUUGCGGGUCUAAAGGGCGAGAAGAGCAGCGACGAGACAAUGGCCGACCGGGAAGUGUUGCUAGAAUCCAUCAUGUUGAUUGUUGCUGGCUCUGGAACAACGGCAGUGACGAUGACCUUCCUCACCUGGGCGGUGAUGGCGAACCCUGAGAUUCAGUCACGACUGGAAGAGGAAGUGGCAACCCUUUCGGAGGGGUUUACAGACUCGGAGCUGGAAGCACAGCCGUACCUCAAUGCUGUGAUUAACGAGGCCCUUUGA